UUUCUUGUUGACCAAGGUUGAAAGAACCACGCACCUGUCGAGUGAGAAAUUUUCGAAUUUCUUGGCUCGGAUUUGUUACGGAGUUUUUGCCCGCAAAACCACAAGUGCACCAACGUGGACUGUUAAAAUAAUCUUUUCUGGGAUUUGUGGCAGAGUUGGGGUGAGAAAAAACGCCCAGCGCCGAUGAGGAAUUCCCUUUGGAAAUGAAUGAGUUGAAUACGGUUGCAGUCAAGGAAAUUGUUAGCAUAAGGGAAGAAGAAAAACUAGACAAAGAAGAGGAGGAACCAAGCAUGCAAGAUGUGGAAAUUCCGGGCAGUUCAAACAACGUGCAAGAUUGUGAGCUGCACAAGCAACGCAGUCAAACAUCGUCCUCGCCGCCGCAAACAGCGAAACGAAAAGAUCGCAUAAGCAUUAAUGUUGGUGGUAUCAGACACGAAACGUAUCGUAGUACACUAAAAAAUAUUCCCGACACUCGUUUGUCGUGGCUUGCAGAUGCCUCGCCUGGUUCCGUGGACUAUGAUGCAGAUAUGGGAGAAUACUUUUUUGACCGCCAUCCAAGCGUAUUUUCUAAUGUUUUAAACUAUUAUCGCACGGGAUACCUUCAUUGCCCGUUGGAUGUUUGUGGACCUUUAUUCGAAGACGAGCUGAAUUUUUGGGGAAUUGAUGAUCAGCAAGUGGAGUCCUGUUGCUGGUUAACGUAUCGACAACAUCGAGAUGCACAAGAAACGCUCGCUGCGUUCGAAGGAGUGGAAUUCGAAAACGAUUUUGACGAUGAAGAACAGCCUGAUUUUGGCCGAUACGGCUUCACAUUUGCGGCGGAAACCGAACCAAAUGUAACUUGGUGGCAGAAAUAUCAGCCGCGAAUUUGGACUUUAAUGGAGGAGCCGUAUUCUUCAAAGCUUGCGAAGGUUAGUGUAAAUUAUAGUUUAAAGGCACAAGGCCGUUUUGGAAGUGGUGAGAAACCCUUAGAAACCAUUUCAAUUUGAGCUCAUUUAAGAAAUAAAAAAUAAUACGCGCGCUGUAUCGCAAGAUUUUCAAAGUUACAAUUAAACUCCUAACGGCACUUUUCAUAUCAAUGAGAGGAAAACUAGGUUAUGUUCGAAGCCACGAAUAAGUUUUGAAGGAUAUUUUCUAAUUGUUGCAAUAAACGGUAGCGCGCCUCGAAAAGCAAGGUCAUAAAAGAAACCUUAUAUACGCCCGAAGCCUGUUUUACUCAUCGAUGAAAAAUCGAAUCUUCUACAAUACAUUUGUAGUUCGGCUUGAGUACUUUAAUCGAAGUCACAAACCGCUCGAUUUUAAACUUUUAACCGCGAUCUAUUGACGUAAAUUACCCGCGAAAAAUAGAAGAGCUCUUAGAUCCACGAUAUUUCGUUGAAUUCAUCAGUUUUCGAAACAUCAUGGGUGAUUUUUUCAACUUUAAGUCAUAUCUCGCUCGGAGAUGUUUACGUUAUUUCCCGCGGAGCAAGCACGUAUAUAUACAAAAUAUAGUAUGGACAAUUUGUCGCGUGAAAAAGCCCUAAACCUCAAUCAUAAAUAUUGUGAAUAAAAUGCUAGUGAGCUUUCGUAAACUGUAGAAGUCAUCUUUGUGGGGUUUUCGUUGAAUGAAAAGACGAAAAUUUCUGACCUUUUGAAGAGGGGGAUAUUUAAAAUUCAUAUUUAAACUAGUAUUUCGCUCCGAAUAUUUUAACGCAUAACACAAUGGCAGUGUUGAAAUAUAAAGCUACAAAGAGGGAUCUCUCUGAAUCGCGAUCAGAUUUCAUUUCGCACAGGCGGUUAUAUUUAGAUACACAGACUUAAAAGGGGUAAAAAAAACGCAUCAACUUCGAUUGAAAUUUUGUAACUACCUUGUAACAUGAGUAAACCGUACCCACAGAUAGGAAAUAAAAUAUUUAUGAGACAGAGUGCCUCAAUGAUUGCUUUAUACAAGAUUCCUGGUGAGCUAUGAAUUCUUGUAAUCCUGGAAAUUAUAGUCUGCUCGAUUUAAUCAAGGUCUAAAUUCUUCACGUAAUUGGUGGCUUUAGAAGUAUCUCCUGUUUAACAAGCGAGCGGAUUAAAGACUCAGAUGGAAAUUAUUCCUUUAUUUUAACGAAGAAAUGGCGAUCCUUGAUUUUUAGUAAAACGUUUUUUCUUUAUCUCUCUUCUUUACUAUUUCACCAGUCUCCCAGCAUGUCUAUUGAAUGAUUAUCGUUUAAAACACGAAGGGGCGAUUUAAAAACUGAAGUAUACUUAUCUUAUUCAAAAACAAUUCAAGAGAUCUGAGUCUCUUUUUCUCUACAAAACGAAAUUUUAUUCCGAUUUUUAAUAUACUGUGGCCCUCAAAGCUUGGACCAAAGUUUACUUUUUUGUAGGAAAACGUAUUUGGUUGUGACGUUCAAGUAGUUAAUUUACAAUGCUGGUGUACUAUAAAUCGAGUCUAAGUGCUGCUGGUUGGUUCCAAGCGAAAUUUAAUCAAUUCAGCUAUAGAGGAAAUGUGAGUUAAAUUCACGUUGUGAAGUCCAGAGUGCUGAGAAAAUUUAAAUCUUCUUCGGAAGAAAAUUGCUUUCAAAAGCCAUUUAAGUGCUUGAGGAACGAAUUUCGUUCGCUCGUUUAUUUUCAGUAUUUUUGUACUCGCUGUGAGACAUACUCACAUUCAGUUGGAUUCAUCUUACUUUCGUUCUGCUGUGAUGGACGGAAAACAUAUUUCACUGUGGUGAUUUAUCGGUGUUAUGGAAAUAGGGCAUUCGUUAGCCGCAUCACUAGAACCCGGAGCUAAGUAGAUACAUCAAAAAGAACUGUCUGGUGAAUUGAAAUUAUGUACGAUUUAUGAAACGAGAAUUCUUCACAAUAAAGACGGGAAAACGCACAUAAAUGAUUUAGCUUACUGUUGGCAAAUAUUUAUUUUAAGAAAAUUCUCCAAGUAUAGAGAUUUCAAAGCCAGUUAUUAGAAGGCGAAUGUAUUUAGAUACUAUAAGUACACAAUGUUGACGGUUGCCACUAGUUACGCUUCUAAUACCGACCAAUCUGAAGACCUUGCGCUCGCCGAGAAGAACAAUUUGCUGAUAACAAUUUUGAUAACAUAUUUCGCGUCGGUUCGAUCUCUAACUUAAACCAUGUUGCAAUCGACGGAGUUUUGUACUGGUGAUGAUUUGAUACUGUGGGAAAAAGAAAUACGCUGCGAUUUUUAACGUCAGUGACUAAAAACUAAACCAAUAGUAAAAGUUUUUGUUGUUUGAAAUUGGUGUAUUUCACAGCCCAGGCAGGGCUGAACGGCUUCUUAGUCAAGUAAAAUAACUCUCGAAGUUAUUUUUAACGCUGGGUCUGUUUGUCCUAAAACGCUCUUCACAAAUGACAUGUUAGUUAGUUGUUUCUCGGGAUCAAACCUCGUAGCUAAGAAACGACAUAACAAAGGAUCUAUGCGUACCAACGUUACCAGUUGCCCACGUCGACCAUAUAUUAAUAUGUUAUAAGACGAAUUGGCCCGAAGGCGUUUGUAUUACCUUGAAUACAGAGAAAAAUUGAAGACUAGCAGACUGGGGGAGGGAGGUGACACCACUCUAGUUGAGAAAAAGAGAGAAAUAUGAGCAGAGAAAUAAUUUCCUAAACAUAAUUUAGUACCGCGCGAGAGUACAAGCAAAAUACUUAAAAAGCUUUCAGCUAGUUUAAAUGUUUUAAGUGAUUUGGGUUGACAAAACCGCCGAAGAAUAUUCUUAAAGCUCAAAUCUUUCUUUCCCAGUCUGAACUGACCAGUUUUAUUCCAGCUUUGAUUUCAUUCCACGAGGACCGUUGAAAACGUGUAUUUCUUAAUGUUUGAUAAAACUUAAAUGGUGAUCAAUUUGUUUAUGUAUUCAGGUCAUUGCAUACACGACACUGACACUGAUCGUCCUGUCAGUGAUCUUGUUCUGUUUGGAGUCCAUACAAUAUUUCCGUGAGGUAAAACCCAAGCUGGCGCUUCAAAUCUUGGAAGCAAUCUGCGUUGCCUGGUUUACGCUGGAACUUUUGGUUCGAUUCAUCUUUUGUCCACAUAAAUUGGCAUUCUUCAAAAAAGUUAUGAACUGGAUAGAUUUUUUGGCGAUCGUGCCGUUUUACGUCAGCCUAUACCCAGCUACAGAUAACAGUGACAACGUGGAGAUCUUGAAUAUAAUUCGGCUCAUCAGAAUUUUCCGGAUUUUCAAACUUUCCCGUCACUCAUCCGGGCUCCAAAUCCUGGGACACACUUUGCGAGCAAGCGUGCGCGAGCUACUUCUACUAAUUUCGUUUUUGAUCAUCGGAGUUGUCCUAUUUGCUAGUUUAAUUUAUUACUGGGAGAAAGACGUUCCCAACACGAAAUUCUGCGACAUACCAAAUUGCUUCUGGUGGGCCGUGGUUACCAUGACGACCGUGGGUUAUGGUGACAUGGCACCCAUAACGCCUAUGGGUAAAUUUAUUGGCAGCAUUUGCGCGGUCUGUGGAGUGCUGACGAUAGCACUUCCGGUUCCUGUAAUUGUCAACAAUUUUUCUUUGUAUUAUUCUCACGCCCAGGCGAGACUUAAAUUACCGAAGAAGCGACGUCGAGUUCUCGUUAAUGCUCCGAACGCUCUUAAGGCGUCGGCCGUCGUCGAGAAUGGAAUGAGUGGGGAUUCCAAUGGCAGCUCUGAUAGCGGCUGCACUGAGAACAGUGCUGCAAAUGGUGGACGAAAGUGUAGUCUUCUGAUUACUGAUGAACUCAAUGAAGUUAAACCCAGACGGCCUGUGAGGAGGGAUAGUCAUUUGUUUAAUAAUACAUCAACUUCCAAUGGAGAUGUUGCAGCUACCGCUGCCACAACAAACAACAGCAGUCGACAGAGUUACGCCAUGCAAAAACGGCUGUCAAUGAGACCUACAGUACCCACCCUACCGGAAGUGGAAUGAAACCAACGAGAACCCUUCCCGAGAUUACGUAUCAUCUAUGGGGGUAAGGGAAGUGAGAGAGAAGUAACACACUUCCCCCUCCCCCCUCCCCCCCCAAACCUACCCC